AAACCCAGUAUCGAUGAUUAUAAAUCUGACUGCCUUUACAGCUGUCGAUUUAGAGUCGAGCACAGCACCACUGAGAGAACAACUUAGACUUGAUUAACUAACACUCACUAAUCAACUUAUCAAGUUCAAAAUGAGCCAUUUUCUGCAGUUGCACAAAAGUGGCCAUGAAUAUCGCGAUUACCGUUUAGUCAAUGAUCAGGAUACACUUGGUUUCUUCAGAAGUCCCGGUAGUGAACGUUCCGUAAUGUCAACAAAGGAGUUGGCGUCGCGUAAGAUGGAUACUAAGGAAGAGAGAAUGUGUACACCUGAGGAACUUGUGAGGGAUGAAGACGAGAAUCAUGGAGUUGUGUCUUCGAGGAACACUAAAGAACAUCAAGAAGAGGAAGAAGAACAAGAAGAAGAAGACAUGGAAAAGAAGCGUUUCAUUAAAGAAGAGGAAACUGAAAAAGGUAAUGAGAAAACUGACAGUAAAGAGGACGAGAAAAACCAAGAGACAUUCGUAGCAGUAAUAGCACAGUCAAUUUUAAGCCUUCCAACUAAGCGUAUGACACUGAGCUCUAUCUACAGUUACAUCGCCAACAACUAUCCUCACUUUGACAAAGAAAAAGGUCCUGGAUGGCGAAACAGUGUUCGACAUAAUCUCUCAAGUAACGACUGCUUCGUGAAGGCAAGUCGCGCGGAGAACGGCAAGGGACACUAUUGGAUGAUCCAUCCAAAAGAUCUUCCAGAGUUCUCGAAAGGAAAUUUCCGUCGUCGAAGAAAGCCAAGAAGACCAAAAUGUAGUCAUUCAAUGGUAUUCCGUGAUGGCCCGUUGUAUUAUCACCAUACAUAUGGACUUGGAUGUUCUUCAUAUGUAUACCCAGGUCUGCGCGCCUCUCAGGACUUAGCUGACAUUGCUUACGGGACAAGCAGCGAUAGAUCUCUUGCACACAGCUACAGAGCGAGGGUUCCGCCAGGGCUGUUAUCUCCGUACGAAGAAUCGCCCACCAGAUAUGCUCUCUCUUCAUAUCCAUACACCUGUCCUGCUUCAAAUAUCUCCAUUCGAGGAUACCCGAGCGAGACCAGUUUGCUUCGUAGCCCAACUGCGUACUCAUCUCUAUCGAACUAUACGAGCUCGUUCCAUCCCGUGAACCAACAUUAUUCGACUUGUGCUUGUCAUCGUUGGCAAUUGGACUCACCGGAGCGUCAUUCCCUCAGCUCAUAAAAUAUCUUUAUUACAUCUAAUUUUAUAAACUGAAACUUUGAAAUAAUGACUCAUGAUUUGCCAUUUACUUGGGAUAUAUACUGCACUCUUAGUUUACUGAAAAGUAGAGGCAAAACAGCACGCCAUGACAUAUCACUAAUAUAGUAAGAUCUUUCUAAUUACCAAUUACAGCGCUCUAGCAAUCUUCAAAGCUAAAACAAACUUUAUUAGGAAAGAAAUCAGAAUGUUGUAGUGAAGUAAGUUAUUUUUCAGAACUGCGCUACUGAUUUUAACUCUGAUUUUAACUAGCUCUGGUUUGCUAUUUAAAAAUUAGAAAUCUCAAAAUAUACUUUAAGCAAAAAGUCUGGGCACCAAAAUCCUGACAUGAAUUUUAGUGAGAUGUUUCAAAAAACCAGUGAACUACAGCAAUCAAAACUAUCGUUCUUUUUGUACUGAAAGGAGUUUUUAAGAAAUACGUACGCUUCUGUUUCUUUUACGCACCCAAUUUGAUUUCGUCUUCAUCUAAUUUAAGAAUCAAAUCAAUAAUUUAAUUAAGUUACUAUGGAGAAUUGAUUUUUUGCAAUUGCCAAGCACGAAACUUAUAAUGUUACAAAAUAGUCUAUUCUAAGUUACACUACUGGUUUUUAUAAAAUCUUUUAAGGUGUUA